GUUAAAAAGCGCCAGACUGGAGGUGUUGGUAUCUAAAAGUGUCGGUGUUUUUCACAAGAAGGUUCAGAAGAAGAAAAGAAAAUGAAGUUUGUUAUUCUGCAAGUUCUUUUUGCCGUUGUGGCUGUCUUGCCACAAUCAGCUUACAGUUCAGGAUUUGGAAAGACUCGCAUCCUCAAGACUGAAUAUCAUCCGAAUGCGAUGCAAAUCAUGGAAAUUCUGAAGGAAGUUGAUUUGGAACGUUUUGGCUUUAACAAAACAACUGAAAUUGUAACGGAAAAAGAUGAGAACGGAAAAACAACAGAAAAGAAAACGCUCCAUUACAAAGUCACCGACGACUGCUCCAAGAUAAAGUAUUGGAAAUCAAUUUUGGAAGAGCGCAUGCCCAAAGGUUGGAAGAAAUGGUCAGGGAUAACUGUGGUAAACAGACGUAUUGUUGGUGGUAAAACAAACCAGUGUGAAUUUGGUCUGGAAUUUCAUCCUAAAGGUGGCUUUCCUCAACAGAUGGAGUCGGAUAAGAGAAGCAUGUCUAAAAGCAGUUAUUGCUACUAUUGUUACUGCUCGGUAUGCUAUCAUUAUUCAGUUGGUUAUUACCGUUGUUACUGCUCGAUAUGCUGCUACUGAUAAAAACAUUUAGUUUUGCCACAACUCAGGUGUUCAAAAGGAUUUUUCGUAACAUUAUUUCCAUAGUGCAUUGUUUGUAGCCUAGAUUUCUUAUGAAAUAAAGAAAAUGAAGAAGCACAA